AUGAACUCAUACUUAGACUACCCCGUGUGCAACCGAGGAGCGAAUAUUUUUAGCGCCAAGGCCGGAUACCACAAUUUAAACCAUGGAUACAUGUCGUCCAACUCGUGUGCAACAAGUGAUGGUUACGCACAGGACGGACGACUAGUUGCUGCGACUUCUGCAGCGACGCACCAAAACCCGAGUCUCCCGCUGCACCACCAGACACAUUUGGAUCUGCAGUUUGCGCCGCCGGGGAACUCCAUGUAUGGCUCACCUCUGGAGUACGGACAUCACCAGUACGGCCUCGCACCAGAGCAGGACCGGAGCUUCAUUCAAGUGUCUCCACUCGGGACAAACAUGGCUCCCUACACCGGGGACAGCUGUGGGCCUGGGGUUGCAACAGGCAGCCAGUACCUGCAUUUUGGAAACGGGGAUCAGAGGCAGCAAGAAUAUCCAGACACUGUUUAUACGAGGUUACCACCCCAAAAUAAGGAGAGAGAUUUGGAGCACGUGGAGGAGACCUCUAAAACAUUUGACUGGAUGAAAGUGAAGAGGAAUCCACCAAAAACAGCUGUCCUCUCGGAGUUCGGCGUCCCCGGCCAGCACAACGUGAUCCGCACAAACUUUACCACCAAGCAGCUGACCGAGCUGGAGAAAGAGUUCCACUUUAACAAGUACCUGACACGGGCGCGGAGGGUGGAGGUGGCCGCCAGCCUCGAGCUGAACGAGACGCAGGUAAAAAUCUGGUUUCAGAACCGCAGGAUGAAGCAGAAGAAACGCGAGAAGCUGGGCUGCGUUUUGGGCAACACCUCGGCGCCCGUGGAGAAAGUCUGCGGCCCUGACACCUCUCCAAAGGCGAAGGUGAAAGACUGUGAACCACUGUGACUUUUCAUAAAAAACAAUCUGACUGUGGAGGUUUUCCACUUCUCAGU